UCAUCUUCAAGACGCUUUUUCCUACAAAGCAAAUUUAUCUUGCUCUCUUGCAGUCCAAGCGGACUUUUGAUCUGAAAAAUCUGAAAAAGUGCUAUCUGCUCAUACCACAUUCAAUCAAUCAAAACUUCACUAACAACAGGAUGGCUUCUGUGCACCAUUUCCACCAUCAUCCCCAUAGCUUCCAUGGCUUUGGGGAGUCUCCCAUGGAUAUGGGAAGUGGUCCCUUCUUUGGUCCUCAUGGUCACCCUCAUCAUCAUCGUCACCACCAUCACGGCCCACCUCCCUUCUGGGAACAUGCUCAUGGCUCCUGGCAGGCCCAGGAAUGCUCAGACCACCCUUCUUCUGAGGAAGCUGAUGAUGCUUCGCCUUCUGAAAACGAGGGAACUGCAGCUCCCCGCGCAGGUCCAGGUGACCAAGCGGGCGAGCGAAGCCCCGAAGGACGUAGACAGGGACGCCGCGGCCGCGGUCACGCUCACGGCCACCACCAUGGCGGUCCUCGUGCGUUCCGUGGACACGGUCCAGGUCAUCAUGGAUUUGCUGCUUUCUCUACUGACUUUACUCGUGGCCGGGGCGGGUUCCACGGCCACCGCGGAGGUCCUCGUGGUCAUGGACCGCACUUUGGCCGACGUGGAGGCCACUUCCACGGCCCUACUCUUAAUCAAGAGAUCGACUUCAUCCCCCGUGCUGACGUCUUCAGUACUGCAAAUGAGUUUGUAGUCCAUGUUCCCCUGCCUGGAGCCAAGAAGUCGGACAUCAGCGUCGAGUAUGAUGCUGAUCAUUCCAGCCUCCGUCUGAAGGGCGUCGUGCACCGACCUGGUAUCACUGAAGAGAUGAAGGACGCGCUCGUCCUCGACGGACACGCCUACUGGACGGGUGCGUUUGAAAGAAAAAUCAAACUCGGAUACCGACGAGAACCAGCUCAUAUCGACAGCGAUAAAAUCACCGCCUCUCUCAACGAUGGUAUUCUCGUCGUGGUCUUACCCAAAAUCGCCGUCGACCCUGAGAAUCAAACAAAGAAAAUCCGCAUCGAGGUGGUUGACGAUAAGACCGACUCAACAGGUGAGGAUCGCAAGGCAGAUGAAGAACAGAGUCCACCAGCCGCGCAACUAGACGCCAUGACCGUGGACAGCGAGACGGAAAAAGGUGAGGACGGUGAGCGAGUCCACACACCCGGUCCCGAAUCCGACUUUAGCGAUGUUGAGGAAGAAGCAGAAGGUCACGAGUACGUCAAGGUCGACGUGCAGUAGACCAAAACAGGGAAACAAUGCAGAAAAGUACUGUACAAGACACAAAGGAUGAAGAGAGGAACAUCAAGGCAAAAACAUACAAUCGAAAAUAUACAACUGAAGAUCCUUAUGAUCUUCUGAUUAUUUAGUUUAGGAGUUCGGAGUUUUGAAUCUAUUGGCUUUCCCCUUUGGGGGUUUUUUUUUAUUACUUCCAUUGUAAGUCAUGAGCAAU